ACUAGCGGAGGUCCAACUAAAAAGCGGUCCAGUUAAAACGUGUCCAACCGCGAAUCACGACUGUGCAUCCGCAAAGGCCACACCAACACUAAGGACAGAUGGCACCAGUGGGGAUGGGAAACAAACGACAAUUGUGACCUAUGUGACGAAAAAGAAGAUCUGCAACACCUACCCUACUACUGUACCAAAUACAAUAACGAGAGGUCUGAACACCCCGUACUGGAAUACUACAAACCACUAACGAGAAUCCUAAAAGAAAACAACGAGGCGGAAUUGAAACAAAUUGUAGCAUUCAUCAAAAAACCAAAAUUGAAAUAUAACGUCGAAACGACCACGUAACACCCAGCAAUCCAAACCCACGAACAAGACAACCGGUGGCGAGAUGGACCGUGAGCGGUUUAGCCGUCCGCAAGUGACACAAUAAAGAAAAAAAAAUCACGACUGUAAUAUAAUGUAUAAUUCAUAAUUCAUUGAUUAUAUAAAGUAAUUGUAACAGUGUAAUAGAUCGAGUAAUCAAUAAAAUCAUGGUUAUAAAAUAUCUUGCAAUAAAACAGAGUAGCAUCCUGACUAAUGUGGGUUAUAAAUAAAUCCAAUGUAGGAAUUUAAUUAUUUGUUCUGCAUGUAUUUACAAUACACUUCAUGGUUUGCUGGUGAUAAGAAACGUAAAAAGGUAAACACCAAAACACGCGCACGCGAUAUAUAAUAUACCUAGUGAAAGGUGCCGUUCCAUGUCCUUACUCCCAUUCCAUACGAGAUUAGUUACAAGUUACGUAAAGCUCAUACUCUUUGGACGUGUUCUCACCGGAAACUUAACCCGUCAGCGAUUCUCAAUAUUGGCGCCACUAGCCAAAAUGAACCUUGAACAUUCAAAAAAGAUAGCUGCUUUCAAGGCGGUCGAUGAGUACGUGAAGGACAGCACAGUCGUCGGUGUCGGUAGUGGAUCAACGGUUGUAUAUGCGGUUCAGCGCCUGGCCGAACUAGUCAAUACUAAGGGAUUAAGCGUGAUCUGCGUUCCUACGAGCUUCCAGUCGCGCCAGUUGAUCAUCUCCAGUGGACUAGUGCUGGGCGAUUUAGAGCAGAAUCCGAAAAUCGAUUGUGUUAUUGAUGGUGCAGAUGAGGUUGACGCGGAUAUGGUGUUAAUUAAGGGAGGCGGCGGUUGUCUUCUGCAGGAAAAAAUAGUAGCCUCUUGCGCCAGUCAGAUGAUUGUAAUAGCUGAUUACACUAAAAAUUCCGUAAAACUAGGCGAACAGUACAAAAAAGGGAUACCAAUCGAGGUAGUCCCAAUGGCGUAUGUUCCAAUUAAGGAGAAAAUUUUGUCCAAAUAUGGCGGAAAACUGGUGCUUCGUAUGGCUGUAGCAAAAGCUGGCCCGGUGGUGACGGAUAAUGGAAAUUUUAUUCUGGAUUGGCAUUUCCCUGUUGAUAAGGACUUUGAUUGGGACAGCGUAAACCAUGACAUAAUACUGAUUCCUGGCGUUGUGGAGACUGGAUUGUUUGUCAAAAUGGCAACGAAGGCAUACUUUGGUUUAGCAGAUGGAUCUGUCGUCGAAAGAAGCGCUUGAAUGCUGGUACGGAUUUUUCUUAAAUGAUGUUUAUUUCUAAUAAGUCCAUAUUAACGUUAUUCGCUUUUAAUAAAUAAAUAACAAAAACC